CAACAGUCGAGACCAGAGAACCCAUUCAUCGUCUAUACACUCGUCCGCUCUCAGCAUGUUCCAGUCAAUACGAGGUUUCCUUAGCCGACACCGCCGGGCGAUCGGUGUUACAACUGUCGUCGCCAGUGCUGCCUAUCUUGCAACUCAGUAUGUUUCCUCAAAGAUAAAAGAAGUUCAAGAGCGGGCUAUGGGUGAGAGGACCGCCAAAGAAAAUCUUCGUCGACGGUUCGAGCAGAACCAACAGGAUUGCACCUUCACCUUGCUUGCACUCUUCCCUAGCCUGGCAGAGCAAGUUUCUCAUGAAUUGGAUGUCGAGGGCAUCACCGCAGAUUUGCAACGAAAGAAGGCCCCGAGUAAAGCCGCUGAAGGGGAUGAGGCUGGAUCCAUGAUAAGUGGAAUGAGUGAAGUCGCUGGCGAUGGCAACGGAAGGUCGAAAGCUGAGCUGUGGAACGACCUGAAGAUACUGUCUAUCACGCGCACUUUGACGUUAAUCUAUUGUCUGGUCUUGCUCACCGUUUUGACAAGGGUGCAACUGAACAUCAUCGGCCGUGGUACAUAUGUAGCAAGUGUCGUAUCGUUAUGGAGUCCAGUGCUUAAUAAUGAAGUUCGCAUUGAGGAGGAAGAUGGCGACGAGCGCACUGAUCUUGAGCGAGAUUACCUGAGUUUCUCGUGGUGGUUGAUACACAAUGGAUGGAAGGGGCUCAGUGCGAAGGUGAAGACGGCUGUGGAAGAACUGAUUGGAGGGAUGUCCCUGAAGGAAGAGCUGUCUCUUGCACAGUUUGACCUCAUCAUUUCUCGCAUCCGUGCUAUCGUUGAGAAGGAAUCUUUUCUGCAAUUCCUUCUCCCAUUGACUCCUGGAGAGGAAGCACAAGUCCUCCAGCAGUUCACCGACAGGGACGGCAGCUGUGAUGCAGAUGGGGCUGAAGGUAUAAUUCUACCAAGCCUACCACUACGUCAUCUUAUUGAUGAAACACACGAUUUUCUAUCGUCUCCAGACGCAGUCAUUGUGAUAAACCAGCUCCUCAAUGCUGGUGUGCAUACCUUAAUUGAGAACAUGGCAGCAGCAAUCUAUCCCUCUGAGCCAUCAGUGGACAAUACUGACAUCCUACAACGUCGGGUACGGCUAGCAAGUAUGUUGCCGGUAAUAACGAGGGAGGCAAAACGCAUUGAGCAAGCGAAGGAGUAUGCUAGGGAGAUGGAGGCCGGAAGUGAUGGGUUGGUUAGGUUCUCCGCCAUCGUGUACAGCAGCUAUGACAAAGGGCGACUUGCUGCUGCUGAUGGGCUUAAUGGUUAUUCGGAGGAGAAUUGAGGAAGGGAACAUGGUCUACUUAGAUUAUAAUCGAGUUGCUGCAUAACCGUCCAAAAUCAUAACCCUAAGUUUCUCG